UUCUUAUAAACUCAGGGUCAAGAUAUGAAGCGAAAUAUAUUGGUGGUAUCUCUCAUUUUCUGGAAAAGCUGGCUUUUUCUUCCACAGCUCAGUUUGGCAGUAAGGAUGAGAUCCUUCUUACCUUGGAAAAGCAUGGUGGAAUCUGUGAUUGCCAGGCAUCGAGGGAUACCACAAUGUAUGCCGUUUCUGCAGAUGUUAAAGGCCUGGACACUGUAGUUGGCUUGCUGGCUGAUGUGGUGCUACAGCCCAGGUUGUCAG